ACGAUGGCGUAAAUAAUAUUUAUGCUGGAAUACAAAAAUUGCACUGUUAGCUCCUGAACUUGGAAGUCAGCCAAGCUUCGUAUACUUCAACUACUUGAAAAUCAAGGUUAUCAAUCAGGUAAGGGAACCAAAAUAAAGGAUGGCAAAUGUGACGGAGAAAAGAUCCGACGUGGAGUUACUACCGUGCAGCUUCAAAUUUCAUGACUUUACUGCCAAAGUCAGCGAUGUUAAUAUUAAUUGCCAGAUAAUAAAGAUGGAAGAUUGCUUGUAUCUGUGGAUUGGAGAUUCCGCUAAUCGCAUCAUGGGAGAUCUGUCUUUUGCUCUUGCGUCAAAUCUUGAGAGACAGCAGCCUAUUGCGACUAAGAUCAUGGGUUCUGUAGCCGAUGCGACAUCCAUGAACAUGGCUAAGAGAUUGAGCAUGAAGUUUGGAAAACCAAUAUAUGUUAGUUUUAACAUAACUGCAGACAACAUAGUAUUGCCAGGAAUCGAAAGAAGAAUCCAAGAGGAGUUCAAGACACAUGCAGAUCUACUAAGUUUUUGACUUUGAUUAUUGACAAACAAUUCUCGAGAUACUUAAAGAUACUUUUGUAUAUAAUUAAUAUCUUUCAUACAUUGUGUAACUUUUCUUAUUAAUAAACUUUUAAUAUUUGAAAUUAUUUAACACCGUUAAUGAAGAAUAAUCUUUAUAAAGAAUAACAUGAUUAUUUGUCAACUAUUAUAAAAAUGGGAAUAGAUUACAUAGUAAUUUAUUAGUUCAUUAAUAGAGAAGCAAAUAUAAAUUUUUAUAUGUAUAGUUUCAUAAAGAAUGCGUGCGCGAAAAUGUGAAUGUGUGAGAGAAAUAGAAAUAUAU